CACACACAGACACACACACAGUCAGCUUUACCGUAUCCCUCGUGCGGCUACGCCUCGAGGCAUAAUGAUAGUUACAAGAAGAAAGCUGUUUGUUGGAGUUGUCCUUACCAGUCUGGAUGCAUUGCCUGCAUAGAAUUAUUUAUAGUGAAUUCAAGAUUAUAGGCACCUACAAGAGUUCCUAAUGAACCCUUGGUACCUAAGUAUGUAGUCUUGUGAGUGCGACAUCUUCCUAUAUAGAGGGAAUAUUCUCCCCCCCACCAACGUCUGCUCGCGAGACUACAUAGUGUGAGUGUAGACGUACUCCACUCUUGGGGACAAAUCACUUCCCCCGUGACUCUCGCAUAAUGCAAUGUAGUUUUAGCAUCUACAAUUUGAAAUUCAAUGAAUUCAACUGUUCUCUGCUCUUCAAGGGUGAUGCAGAGGAAAUUGCAAAGGCUAAAUCGAUUGAUAACAAAUCCAAAUGGCCAGUUCCAUCAGAUGAUAAGUUCUACAAACUUGCUGACAGUUGUGACUGGAUAAAAAAAAAGUUGGAUCGAGAUUACUACGUGUCUGAGCAAGAACGGCAAUUUCCACUAGCAUUUGCUCUAAGUGUAUAUCAGUCACCUUAUCAGAUAUUUCGGUUUCUCAAAGUUAUCUAUAGACCUCACAAUUUGUACUGCAUUCACUAUGACAAAAAGUCCAGCGAACCAUUUAAGAAGCUGAUGAUCACCAUUGCUGCUUGUCUGCCCAAUAUGAUUGUUCCCAGCAAGAUUGCUGAUGUCACAUGGGGCUGGCAUACGAUAGUCGAUGCUCAGAUGAAUUGUAUGGAAGAUCUCUACGAGCUGCGAUACAAAUUUCCUUGGAAGUAUGCAAUCACUCUGUGUGGGAAAGAAGUUCCCCUGAGAACUAAUAAAGAAAUGGUUCAAACUUUACACAAGUUGAACGGUACUUCAGCAGUAGUUCUAACAAGACAUUUAAAAACUGAAUUCGAAUAUUGGACAUAUAAAUAUUCACUUUCCGGAGACUCCGUGGUGCAAUUGAAGGAAAAAUUGGAUCCAAUACCAUUUAAUCUCACAAUGGCCAAAAGUAUGGCAUACUACGGGUUAUCAGAGACGUUUGUUAACUAUUUAUUGCACAAUGAAGAGGCUGUUAAGUUUCGGAGAUUUAUGGAUGAUACUAAAAUAGCUGAUGAGCAUGUUGUUGCUACCCUCUUCAAUCGAACAGGUGUACCUGGUGGAAGAAAUGAAAGAUAUGUACAUCUUAUACCCACAACUUCCUCCUAUUUGUGGCUUUCCUCCACGGCAGAGAAGAAGCUAUGCACUGGUUGGAAUGUGCACAAGAUUUGUACCAUAGCAAUGGCGAUCUUCAGCAACUAGACUAUACGUUCGACCCUAAAAAAUAUUAGCAGACUUUCUUCCACAACAAGUUUUUCAUUGAGAGAGAUCGGGCAGUGAUGGACUGUGCUGAGGAAGAGCUCCUCAGGAGAAACAGAGAAGAAUGUUUGACUGACAAUGCACUGAGCAUGCACUAGUUAAAAAUUUAUACAGUUAUAUAUUUAUUUAUUUAAUUAUGACUUGAGAAAUCAAAUUAGGAACUGAGUGCAAAUAUGUCUUUUUUGCAGUAACCUAUGUUAUGUUUUUAUUCAGGCAUAGCUGUUUGUGCAAGGUGAUAAAACUUAAAGUCAUAACUCACCUAU